AUGUCUGGCAUCCCAGAGCUUCUUUACCAUACGACCCUGACAGUCCUGGGCAAAGACGGUGAAACGGCGGCGCCAACUCGUAGCGUCUACGUGCUCGGCACACACGCCACGGUCGAGGCCGCCAAGGCGUUUGCUUCCAAGGCCUUGCAGGACCUCGGCUACGAGCCCUCGGACUUUGUCCAAUACGACGUCCGCGACGGCACGCAGCCCUUGGCCCACGGCGACGGCGUCGUCGUCUAUGCCAAGGCGCCGGCCGGCCAGGAGUUCAUCGUCGGCCUUGACACGACGCCCAACGACCAGGGCUUUUUGGCGGGACCCGACGGCACCAUCCAGCUGUCGGCGCAUCCCGACAACGACGGCAAACGGGAGAAGGACCUGGCCCGCCAUCUGCACUACGUGCUGCAGACCGCCAUCGACUACAACGCCUGGGUCGGCGACGCCUUUGAGAAGACCGACAUUGAGGGCUGCUACGUGCACCGCGCCGACGCCUUUGCGGCCGCCAAGAAGUGCCUCAAAGGCACGGGCUACGACUUUGCGCAGUACGACCAGCGCGACGACCUGCGCGAAACGGACGAGUGGCCGUUCGGCGACGAUGUCCUCGUUCACGCUGUUUCGCAAUCAGGGGAGAACUUUUCGGUGAGCGUGUGUACGAUCCCGGGCGCUCACAAGAAGCACUCCAAGAAGAACGGAAAACAGUAA